AUGUUCUUUCAACGAUAUGGAUCGGAAGAGGCCUGCAUUGAAGUCAUGACACGACAUGUCCAAAAAGUAAACGCCAUUUACAAAGUCACAGAUUUCAAUCAAGACGGCAAGCCGGAUAAUAUAACCUUUAUGAUCAAAAGAAUAAAAGUUCAUACAUUAGAUGCUUUGAAAGAGCCUUCUUAUAGGUUCCCCAACAACUACGGCGUUGAGAAAUACUUAGAGCUUUUUUCAGAGGAGGAUUACGACGCGUUUUGUUUGGCAUACAUGUUCACAUAUAGAGAUUUCGAGAUGGGUACAUUAGGCUUGGCAUGGACCGGUGAUCUGAAGAAUGCGGGCGGAGUUUGUGAAAAAAAUGGGCACUACCGCGGGAGUAUGAAGUCCUUAAACACGGGCAUCGUGACUCUACUGAACUACGGCAAACACGUACCGCCCGCCGUGUCACAUGUCACACUCGCACACGAGAUUGGACACAACUUUGGCUCACCGCACGACCCCGAGGUGUGCACGCCGUUUGGCGAGGACGGCAACUAUAUCAUGUUCGCGCGCGCCACCAGCGGCGACCGCAAGAAUAAUAACAAAUUCUCGCCAUGCUCGCUGCGAGCCAUCGACCCCGUUCUCAACAAUAAAGCGCGUUCACCUAAGGGCUGCUUUACCGAACCGCAGCCAGCAAUCUGCGGUAACGGCGUGGUGGAAGAAGGAGAAGAGUGCGACUGUGGCUGGGCGUCCGAGUGCACGGACGUGUGUUGCCGCCCGCAGGCGCCGCGCCCGCACUACAAGCCCUGCACACUCACCGAGCACAGCGUCUGCAGUCCCAGCCAGGGUCCAUGCUGUACCGCGUCGUGCACACUCAAGUUCGGUGACAAGUGUCGCUCGGACAAUGGAUGUAGGGACGCCGCACACUGUGACGGCAAGCGCGCCGCCUGCCCCGCCAGCAGACACAAGCCUAACCGCACGCGGUGCGACAAGGAACUCGUCUGCUACAUGGGAGAGUGCACUGGCUCCAUCUGCUUGGCAUACGGUCUGGAGUCGUGCCAGUGCGCGCCUCGUAAGGAGGACCCGCGGUCCGCGUGUGAGCUGUGCUGCCGCAAGCCGGGCGGGCCCUGCCUCUCCUCCUUCCACUGGAACGCGGCGCCCUACGACGUGCCCGACAUGUACGCCAAGCCCGGCACGCCCUGCAACGACUACAACGGGUACUGCGACGUGUUCCAGAGAUGCCGCGAGGUGGAUCCGGCGGGCCCGCUGGCCACGCUCCGUCGCCUGCUGCUGUCGGACGAGAGCCUGGCCGGCUUCCGGCGCUGGCUGCUGCGGCACUGGUACGCCGCGCUGCUGGUGCUGCUCGCCGUCAUCGCGCUGCUGGUGGCCAGCACACGUUACUUUGGUCGUCACGGCAAGAAACUCAAAUCCGUUACCAUCAUUCACUCGUCCACCACAGAAACCGUCCGUUUGCCUGAUGCUCCAGACCAAGGCCUCAUAGUUCACACAGCAGUCAGGUCCAAAGUUCCUCUCAAAAAGAAAGUAGCCCUUCGGACCCGAGCAUAUCGCAACAAGAAAGACCACAAGAAAUUAGGAGACAAAGCUUCUCCGUCUCACAGUGCCAAUAAAAAGAGAAAGCCAACUACACAAGUUAAACCGGAUGAAAAUAUUAAAAUUAAUAAAGAGAAUACGGCCGUCGUAACUAACGUCGAUGGCAAAUCUCCAAAACAUGUGAUACUGUCGAAACAUAAGGGAAAAGUCAAAAAACGUAAGUCGAAAGUGAAAAAAGAGACAAUAGACUACAGCGCGAUGCAGAAACACUCCUCGUCUCCCACUAAAGAUACCGAAGCGCUAACCAAAGUACAGAAGUGGUUGCUCAGUUCACCGCAACCGACCGUCAUUCCUAAAUCUAAAUCAAUACCAUUGGGUCUAACGGACAGGACGCACAGGCAAGUCCAAAAGACCACAAGAAAAACCAGGCCGUCGAAGAGCGCCACCAAUCUAAUCAGCGGUGAGAAGGCCAGGCUACAAGUGGUCUUCAAACCGCCCUUCCGGUUCAGCGUUAAAAUUUGCAAAAGCGACAAAACCAAAGUGGUUUUAGACAAAUCUUCCAAACCCGACGUAGACAGGAAACGUCACGAAACUUCGGCACAGCAAACCACUUCCGCGGACGUCGCAAAGUCUAAUCCGUCCAGCGGCAAACCGUCUAAGCGUUCCAAUUCGACGAGAAUGGAGAUCACCCCCGACGCACCAAAGCCGGAAACGCCUCGAACCCGAGAGACUGGCGUUCCCGGCUACGCAAACAUGCUACCGAGGAGCGCCAGCGAUUGCAAACUGACCAAGAAAUCAUACGAAGCGAAAUCUCGAAACGGUCACAAGAAGAGCAACUCGCUCGGCCAAAAGAAGGAGACGACGGAGAGCCGACAGAACCUGAUCGCUCACGAGGACAUUGACAGCGCGCACGUGUACGAGAACGUUUCGAUUUCGCAGGAAGCGUUCGUGCCGAAGAGCUGCAGCAUGCCGCGGAGACAAACCAGCGUCGGCAUCGCGCGCCAGAGCAGCUACGGACAUCUGCCGCGGGCACACGCGCGCCCGCACCGGCACAGCACCAGCAACGUCAGCGCCGCCGCCGCCGGGGACGCCGAGCUCGAACACUUCUACGGCGUCAUCGAGUCACUGCGACGGGGCGACGACAAACGAGCGUGUGACAUCGGCAUCGGCAGCUCCUCGGGCAGUGGCCGCCGUGAACAGACGAAGAAAACCGAUCUGGCGGAAAAGUCUGCCCGGACGAGCCCUAUCGACACUGCGAAACUGGAAAGACGACUGAGCGAAAUUGAACUCGGAAAACGUCUCUUGAACGACAGCGGUGUGCGCGGGUUCCAGCUGGUGGUCGGCAAGAGUAAAUUGAAACGGCAACUGAGCGACAAUGAGCUGUGCAAGUCCCGCGUGCAACUGGCGAUGCCGAUGUCCGCGGGAGCGGAGCCGCGACCUGCCUUCUGUUGGGCGCCCGCCGCCGUCGAACCGCGGCACAAACGGUCCACAUACACGUUCGGGGAACUAAAACACUCAGUUCCCGACGCUCCCCAGCCCGCGGCCCCCGACGACACCCACGUCUCCCCCGAGGAAUUCCUG